AUGGCGGAUCAUCACCCGGUUCCUGACAACAAACACAAGUCCUCUCUGAACUCUGGAGGGCCUUCGUACUCGGGGAAUGGACGGAGCAGCACGGCCGUGGCUGAGAGAGCUAGUGGUUUCAGCUCCAGGCUUUUUGCUGUCAUCCGCUUUGAGAGCAUCAUCCACGAGUUCGACCCAUGGUUCAACUACAGAUCGACUCACCACCUCACCACUAAUGGGUUCUACGAGUUCCUGAACUGGUUUGAUGAGAGAGCGUGGUAUCCUCUGGGCAGGAUUGUUGGAGGCACAGUUUACCCAGGGUUGAUGGUGACAGCGGGACUCAUACACUAUGUCCUAAAUCUCCUUCAUAUUACAGUCCAUAUACGGGACGUUUGUGUAUUUUUGGCCCCAGUUUUCAGUGGGCUUACGUCCAUCUCCACCUUCCUGCUGACCCGGGAGCUGUGGAAUCAGGGGGCGGGGCUCCUGGCAGCCUGCUUCAUUGCCAUCGUCCCAGGGUACAUCUCCAGAUCCGUCGCUGGGUCUUUUGAUAAUGAAGGAAUUGCCAUCUUUGCACUGCAAUUCACCUACUAUCUGUGGGUAAAAUCAGUGAAGACCGGCUCCAUUUUCUGGGCCAUUGGAUGCUGCCUCUCCUAUUUUUACAUGGUUUCUGCUUGGGGCGGCUAUGUUUUCAUCAUCAACCUGAUCCCGCUGCAUGUGUUCGUGCUGUUGCUGAUGCAGAGGUUCAGCCGCAGAGUGUAUAUAGCCUACAGCACCUUCUACAUCAUUGGCCUGGUGCUUUCCAUGCAGAUCCCCUUUGUGGGAUUUCAGCCAAUCAGGACGAGUGAACACAUGGCGGCUGCAGGCGUGUUCGUGCUGCUGCAGGUUUACGCUUUCCUCCAGUAUCUGAAGGACAGACUGACGCGACAGGAGUUCCAGACGCUCUUCUUCCUGGGAGUCGCUCUGGCCGCUGGAGUCGUGUUCCUCUCUGUUAUAUACCUGACUUAUACAGGCUACAUCGCACCAUGGAGUGGACGCUUCUACUCCCUGUGGGACACUGGUUAUGCAAAAAUCCACAUCCCGAUCAUUGCCUCGGUGUCGGAGCACCAGCCCACCACCUGGGUCUCCUUCUUCUUCGAUCUGCACAUCCUGGUCUGCACCUUCCCUGCUGGACUGUGGUUCUGCAUCAAGGACAUCAACGAUGAGAGAGUGUUCGUUGCGCUGUACGCCAUCAGCGCGGUGUAUUUUGCCGGCGUGAUGGUGCGCCUCAUGCUCACGCUGACUCCGGUCGUGUGCAUGCUCUCGGCGGUGGCCUUCUCCAGCGUCUUUGAACACUAUCUGGGAGACGACAUGAAGCGGCAGAGCCCACCGGCCGAAGACAGCAGCGACGAGGACGACAAGAAAAACGCAGGCAACCUCUACGACAAGGCCGGGAAGGUGCGCAAACACGUGUCCGAACAAGAGAAGGCGGAGGAGGGGCUCGGACCCAACAUCAAGUCCAUAGUGACCAUGCUGAUGCUGAUGCUACUCAUGAUGUUUGCGGUUCACUGCACAUGGGUCACCAGCAACGCCUACUCCAGCCCCAGCGUGGUGCUCGCAUCAUACAACCACGACGGCUCUCGUAACAUCCUGGACGACUUCAGAGAAGCGUAUUAUUGGCUGAGGCAGAACACUGACGAGCAUGUCCGAGUCAUGUCGUGGUGGGAUUAUGGAUACCAGAUUGCUGGCAUGGCCAACAGGACCACCCUGGUGGACAACAACACGUGGAACAACAGUCACAUAGCGCUGGUGGGAAAAGCCAUGUCUUCCAAUGAGACCGCGGCGUACGAGAUCAUGAGGUCUCUGGAUGUGGACUAUGUCCUGAUCAUCUUUGGAGGGGUCAUCGGUUACUCUGGAGACGACAUCAACAAGUUUCUGUGGAUGGUUCGGAUCGCAGAAGGGGAGCAUCCAAGAGAUAUCAGAGAAAGUGACUACUUCACUCCUCAGGGAGAGUUCAGAGUGGACAAAGCAGGAUCUCCAACACUUCUCAACUGCCUCAUGUACAAGAUGUCCUACUACCGCUUUGGCGAGAUGCAGUUGGACUUCCGGACCCCGCCUGGUUUCGACAGGACCCGGAAUGCAGAGAUUGGGAACAAAGACAUUAAGUUAAAGCACUUGGAAGAGGCCUUCACCUCGGAGCACUGGCUCGUCCGCAUUUACAAAGUGAAGAAAAUGGAGAACAGAGAUCGAAUGGAGCACAAGCUCAGGACCACUGAUGCCAACCGACAGAAGUACACCUCCAAGAAGACAUCCAAGAGGAAGCGUGGAUUUGUCAAAAACAAGCUAAGUCUAAAAAAGGGACGAAAACUGAUCAAGAAAUCUCGAUAG